GAGGGAGUUGGGAGGCGAACCGAAUUGAGAGGCGGUUCCGCGAUGCACACGCCUCAACAUCCGGGCAUCGCCUUCAUCCGGUCCUCCCCCCUCUCUGCUGUGACAACAGGAAGCGGAAGUGAAAACUGGGUAUCUCGGCUGCCUCUUAGCAACGUGAGGGGUCAAGUGACAUAACCAGCUGACUCCGAUAGAGGAAGGGACUGUGGCGGCUGGGAAGGGAGCUGUUGCAACCACGACUGCCCGGCCGGGACCCGAGCCGAACUGUCAUCAUCAGAAUGUCGGGCAAAGACCGAAUCGAAAUCUUCCCCUCGCGAAUGGCACAGACCAUCAUGAAGGCUCGUUUAAAAGGAGCACAGACAGGUCGAAACCUCCUGAAGAAAAAAUCGGAUGCCUUAACUCUUCGAUUUCGACAGAUCCUAAAGAAAAUAAUAGAGACUAAAAUGUUAAUGGGUGAAGUGAUGAGAGAAGCUGCCUUCUCACUAGCUGAGGCCAAGUUCACAGCAGGGGACUUCAGCACCACAGUUAUCCAAAAUGUAAAUAAAGCCCAAGUGAAGAUUCGAGCGAAGAAGGAUAAUGUAGCAGGUGUUACUUUGCCAGUAUUCGAACAUUACCAUGAAGGAACUGACAGUUAUGAACUGACUGGUUUAGCCAGAGGUGGAGAACAACUGGCUAAACUGAAGAGGAAUUAUGCCAAAGCAGUGGAACUACUGGUGGAACUAGCUUCACUGCAGACUUCCUUUGUUACUUUGGAUGAAGCUAUUAAGAUAACCAACAGGCGUGUAAAUGCCAUUGAACAUGUCAUCAUUCCCCGGAUUGAACGUACACUUGCUUAUAUCAUCACAGAACUGGAUGAGAGAGAGCGAGAAGAGUUCUAUAGGUUAAAGAAAAUACAGGAGAAGAAAAAGAUUCUCAAGGAAAAAUCUGAGAAGGACUUGGAGCAGCGGAGAGCGGCUGGAGAGGUGAUGGAGCCUGCUAAUCUUCUGGCUGAAGAGAAGGACGAGGAUCUUCUGUUUGAAUAAUGUUUCCUGCUCUCUUCUUUCAGAAACCCUAACAGUGGCUGCAUUUUAAUUCACUAAUGUGAAUUAACCUAAUGUGUAGGUUUGGUAUGUGUGGCAAUUUACUUUUUGGCCUAAGAAUUUCACUGGGGGUGAUUGGUUAGCUCACUUGAUUAGAGUGUGGUGCUAACACCAAGGUUUGGAUCCCUGUACUGGCCCCAGCUGCCAAAAAGAAAAUUUCACUGGUUAUAAAAUUUACCUGGAUGUCCACUUAUGGGAUUACUUUCACAGAAUCAUAAUCACAGAUCAAAGAGAUUUGUAAAACCUGUCCAGCAACUUAUAGAAUUUAUUCUACCUAAGUGUAAUCGUACUCCAUUUACAUCUGCGUUACACAUGACCUGCUUACGUGGAAACUUUAGUGAUCUCAGGCCAAAUACCGUGGAGCAGCCUUCAUUCCUACCCACUUGAAGCACCAUUGUCAGACAGCUGCAACCAUCCUUGUGUUACUGUACGUCUCUCCUCAAGCUUUCUGAAAACCAUCACUUUUCCUUGCAUGACAGGUCUGUCUUGUCUGUCAUGGCAGCAAUUCUGCCAAUUUAAAUGUGACUAUGGUAUAAACAGUAAAAUUAUUUAAAAAUAAGUCGUUCCUUUUUAAAAUUAAUUUACUGCUAAUAACAGUCACGUUCUUAUGCUCAGAUCAGCACACAGUACUGUCAUCCACAGAACUUUCUCUCCUGACAUGUAGGAAGCAGGUAGCCUUUUCCCCGCCUCCAUAUAUCAAUGUUUUACC